UUCUGACAGACAACUUCUGGUCUUCUUCACUAGGAUAUGUUAGGUUAUUGACAUUGAAUUGAGUUGUUUACACGCUGGACUUGUAUCAUCAAAACGAAAGUUGUUUAUUAGUCUAUAUUAGUAUUUUCAAAAGAAUUUGCCGCAAAGUUUUCCGGAUCAACCAGUUAAAUAUAAUGGAUAAAAUAUCGUUGAUAAAGCAAAACGAAAACGAGACAUUAUUGACUGAAUAUACCUCAAUUCUCUUAAAAAAUAUCGAGGAAGGAGUUGCCACUCAUGAUCUGAACCAAGUGCAACAGGAUCUUAAAAAACUGCAAUGGACUAUGCGAACUAGGUUUUUUCAGGGCGAAUAUGCCGAACCUAAAAAAAUGGAUCCGCAUCAAGAGAGAAAUGGCUAUCCUGAUUCAUCCUCAUUAAAAAGAAAAAGAGCAGACGACACGUCGAUCUGCAGGGAUAUUAAAAACGACUUGAGACUCAUUAAAAGAGACUUGGGAUUCCACGAGAAGAAGGUGCUUGAACUAACUUUACCGAAAGAAGAUAAAAGUUUACUUUCAGUUGAGCCAUACUGCGUAUUAAUUAAUAAAGCUAAUUCUUCCUUUUUGGAUGCGCUGAUCCAAGAAACUUCAAAAAAUAGCGACAAAAAAGUACAAGAAAUCUCAAAUGCUGAUGAACCUGUCGCCAAAUGCAGCAGAAAAAUGUCAGAUUCCAAAAGAAAUGGAUUACACCUAACUGUUGAUGCCUUUGGUGCUGUCACUCAAAAAUUGUUGUCGGCUUUGAUCCAGGACAAACCACCUGUAAGUUGCAGUGAUAAGGCUCCUCAUGUUACGAGACAGUCGGAAAAUGGAGCAAAAUCAACUAAAAUAAAAAACAGAAAUUCCUUAGAUAGAAGACUGCUAAAAGAGCUGGUCGAUCAGGGGAUUCUAACGCCUGAAGAUAUAAAUAAGGUUGGAUACCGGUGAUGAGGAGACUUCAGCGGAAUCCAAAAAAGGCCACAGUUAGAUUAGUCUAUCCACUAGUUUUAUUAUGUAGAAUAUAAUUGUCGAUAGUAUUUCUUAUUGGUUUACGAAAAAGCAAUAAAUCCCAUUUUAUAAAGCGUU